AUGAAGAUAUGUCUACGCUAUCUCGGUGACCUUGGAUAUCAACAAGGUAUUGGUCAGGAACUUGGUGUUAGUCAAGCAACGGUAUCUUGGACUCUGGAUAGAGUUGUGAAGAGUAUAGUUGCACAGUCGAACGAAUGGGUCAAGGUUCCAACUACCAACCAUGAACUGAUGGAGGCCAAGUGGAUUUGGCAAAGCAUGUAUAAAUUUUCGACAGCAAUUGGUGUAAUCGAUUGUACACAUAUAGGAAUCCUGAAACCAAAUCGCCACGGAGAUGAGUAUAUCAACCGAAAAAGGAAACCUACUUUAAAUGUACAAGCCACUUGUGAUGCCAGAGAAAUAUUCACAAGUGUUGAUGUCAGUUGGCCUGGAUCAGUGCAUGAUGACAGAAUAUGGAGAAAUUCACAGACUAGAUCACAACUAAUAAUUGAAGCAAAUGUUGUACUACUUGGCGAUGACGGUUAUGGUACUGAGCCGUACCUUAUGACUCCCUUCAGAAAUCCUACUCCAGGUGCAGAAAUAAAUUAUAAUAAGCUUUUAAAACAAGAAAGAGUUAUAAUUGAACGCUGCUUCGGCCAACUGUAACGCCGGUUUCCUAUCCUACAGUAUGUUUGCCGCGUAAAGUUGGAAAAUGUGUCGAAAAUAAUUGCUUAUUACAUGCUUAUUAAUUUGAUAAAAAACUGUAUCCAGUAAAAAUACGGAACGGUCUGUGUAAGCUCUGGAGUACAACUGUCAGUGAUGCUGAGUGAACGAACUCCCACGUCAACUACAAGCUGGAACAAGUCAGGACA